AUGUUAGAGGUGUCCAUCCCCUCCAUAGGACACCAGGUGAUGAAGGCGGACAAGACCCGGACGUUGAAGAAGACCUGCAAGGUGCCAGAUUUUCCAUCCAAACGAGUUCCAAACUGGAUGUCAAAGGUCCAAGAGCAGCGUCGUCAAGGCCUUGAAGCUUACAUACAGGGGGUGCUUUGGUUCAACAAAGAGGUCCCAAAAGAGCUAUUAGAUUUCUUGAAGUUGAAGCAUUUUCCACAAAGCAAAAAGAACUGCAGCUUCCAGUCAUUGACAGAUUUCACUUCAGAAGAGAACAGUUCCCAGUUGGCACAUAAAGCGGUGGUAGGAUUUUACAAGGACCUGUACAUUUUACCUCCAGACACAGACGUGUUUGAGGACAUCAUUUUACAGGGAGUUCUCCGAGGGCUGUACCAGCAGAAUCAUAAGAAGCUACCUACAGUCAAGCAUGCACUCCCAACAAAUUUACGUGCAGUGACCGUAGUCUGA